AUGAUCCCUUCGCCGUCCUUGAUAUUGCAGCCACCGCUGAUGGCUCUACCUGAUAUGACCAAUGCUCGACCAAUGGCAGGCCCACCAGGAUUUGCCCCACCCAAAAACUUCGAUAAACAGUUGCGGACUGACGAAAGCAUGGGU